UUCUCUGAGGACUUGAGCAGCCCUAUACCCGUCCCGGCUUGCUUUUUAUUUUUAUUUUGGAGGGGAGAAUGUUUGUGGCUUUGGCUAUGGGCAUCGUGUUUUGCGGCUGACAGCUUUCCAGUGUGGUUUUGCAGAGUAUGCAUGGAUGUAUGGAUGUAUGGAUGUAUGGGGGUUGUUGGUUCUACAUGUAGCACACUUAGUCCACAAUCACAUCAUUAG